CCAUACGCGAAACGAAAACCCUACACAACCAAACGCCCCAACCUUCACUACAAACAUCAAUCCGAACCAAAAGAAACAAGAAACCAGGCUAAAAACAUAAGAAAAUGGUCCGCCGCAUCGCCCAAAUCGUCCACCUCAAGCCCUCCGCCGUCGAAGCCUACAAGAAAUGCCAUGCAGCAGUCUGGCCCGAAGUCCUCCAACAGAUCCAAGACUGCAACAUUACGGAUUACUCGAUAUUCUUCGAUAAUGAUCGGACGAUUUGUGCUACAUUCAAGUGGGUUGGGAGUGAUUGGGGGGGCGAUAUGAAGCGGAUGAGCGAGAAUCCGAAAGUGAGGGAGUGGUGGGCUAUGACGGAUAGGAUGCAGGACAGUCCUAUCCCCGGUGCUGUGAGCAGUGCAGAAGGCCCCGGGUGGUGGAAGGUAUUGGAUGAGGUGUUCCACACGGAUUGA